UCGCCCCAGUAUGGCAGGGAAGAUGCUGGGUGGGCUCCUGCUCCUCGCUGCAGCUCCUGGCAUCUUUGGGACAGCCUCACUGCAGAACCUGCACCUGUGCGAGGGCUACGUGGGCCCUGACGGCCGCUACCACCCCGGCUUCUACUGCCCGCGCCUGACGGACCCGGCCACGCACCGCUACUGCUGCCGGCCCGGCCCGCGCGCCCUCAAGGGCUGCUGCUCACGGCUGGGCGUGGAGGCGCUCACCGGGCUCAACAUCAGCGAGCUGCCCGCGCCCGGCCUGCUGCGGUGAGCGGGGCUGCGGUGACGGGGCUGCGGGGCGGUGGCACCGAGGAGCGCCCGGCGCUGAUCGCCCCCGCCCCGCAGGCACCCCCUGGCGCUGCCCUUCGUGGGGCUCUACGGGCUGCUCGUGCUGCUCCUCAUGGCCCUGGACCUCGCCCGCUUCUACCGCGCCCGGCGCUGCGCCCUCGGCCGCCGCCUGCCCCGUGCCCGC